AUGAGAUCAUCUUAUUUUGCAUCCACUGACUGGCAUAAAACCGUGAAGGGUUUUGCAUUUGAUAUCGUUCAGGAAGGUGAUCCAUUCGAAGUUUUCAUUUCGAUGACGAAAAUUCGUUAUUGCUAUUAUAAUGAGACACAGAACAUUUUGGGCAAUACCUACGGAAUGCUUGUGUUACAGGACUUUGAAGCCCUUACUCCAAAUCUGCUGGCGCGAACAAUCGAAACCAUUGAAGGUGGAGGGAUCGUGGUGUUGUUGAUGAAGACUGUCAACUCUUUACGGCAACUUUACACAAUAGCCAUGAAUGCUGUCUCGCCAUCAGAAGCGGAACUAAAGGCGCUCAAGGACACAAUGAAAGACACGAAACCAAUUGGACCGCUUCUUAGUAAAUGCCGAACAGCUUGUCAGGGCAAAGCUUUGCUCAGGUUGCUCGACGUGAUUACAGACAAGGAUCUGAAUGUUACUUGCUCAAUCACAGCCGCAAGAGGUCGAGGAAAAUCUGCUUCAUUGGGUAAACUUUUCUCAUACGGCGUCCACAUCUUAAAAAUCUUACUUUUGUCUACCUUUUCUCUUUCAACACUUGAAAACCAUUCGUCUCAUGGUUUGGCUUUGGCUGGAGCAGUGGCAUUUGGUUAUUCAAACAUUUUUGUCACAUCACCUUCACCUGAGAAUCUUCGAACUUUAUUUGAGUUUGUUAUGAAAGGAUUUGACACCGAUGGGUUACCAGAGUUCCAAAAAGCUCUUGUGCGUGUGAACGUCUUCAGAGAACAUAGGCAAACAAUUCAGUACAUACAUCCAUCUGAUGCUUCAAAGUUGGGUCAGGCGGAACUUUUAGUCGUAGAUGAAGCAGCUGCGAUACCUCUGCCAUUAGUGAAGGAGUUGAUUUUUGGUCCUUAUAUCGUGUUUCUUGCCUCAACGAUAAAUGGUUAUGAAGGUACGGGAAGAAGUUUGUCGUUGAAAUUGCUUCAACAACUUCGCCAACAGGCUGCAGGAAGCAUCGAGCAGUGGUUGAAUCGUGUGCUCUGUCUGAAUGCCGGUAACAUCAACACGCGUCUAUCAUGUGGUACUCCACCACCGAGCGAAUGCGAAUUGUACAUCGUCAAUCGAGAUGCUCUGUUCUCAUUUCACAAAGCAUCUGAAGCAUUUCUGCAACAAAUCAUGGCAAUCUAUGUAGCCGCUCACUACAAGAACUCACCAAAUGAUUUGCAGAUGCUUAGCGAUGCACCAGCUCAUCACCUUUUCGUUCUGAUGUCACCUGUGAAAGAAGAUCAGUCUUCGUUACCGGAGGUGCUUGCAUUAGCGCAAGUUUGUCUUGAGGGUAAUCUAUCGAAGGAAUCCGUAUCCGGAGCAAUGGACAAAGGAAAACGAGCAGCUGGUGAUUUACUUCCGUGGACGAUUUCUCAACACUUCAUGGAUCGCGAUUUCCCGACAUUGUGCGGUGGACGUGUGGUCAGAAUUGCAGUUCAUCCUGACUUCCAGUCAAUGGGUUACGGUUCUCGUACACUUGAACUCUUAGAGGAAUAUUAUCUUGGUCAUGUACCGUCGAUUGAUGAAGGUGUUAAAGAAUCUGUAAAGACUGUAAAGGAUGGGCACACAGUAGCAUUGUUAGAGGAACAAAUAGCACCGCGAGCAGAUCUCCCUCCACUUCUAAUGCGACUCACUGAGAGGAAAGCGGAACGUUUGGACUAUUUAGGAGUGUCAUUUGGUUUAACGCUGAAUUUGUUGAAGUUCUGGAAGAAAAGUGGUUUUGUGCCGGUGUAUCUACGUCAGACUCCUAGCCCACUUACUGGAGAGUAUACAUGUGCUAUGUUGAAGCGACUGGAUGAUCAGUCUGAAACGUCCAGUCCUUGGCUUGCUGCGUACUUCCGUGAAUUCCGAACAAGGCUGCUUUCCUUGCUGUCUUUCGAGUUUAGGAAACUGCCGAUAAACCUCGGCUUGUCUCUGCUGCAAGUGAGGAACAAGGAAGUGUCGACGGCUUUGCACUGUGAUAGGAAAAUUACCUUGCCAUUACUGACAAAUCAUUUAUUAUCACUUCAAUCUUUGCAGGUUUUUGCCCUACAGUCGAAGACAAUCAGGAAGUUAUCGGAUGAGUUUGAUACCAUGUGUAUGGAUUCUAUUCGUGAACUCAUUCCUGAUAAAACUCGAGAUGUGGACAAAGAGCAGCAGUCGCUGGCUGUGUCACACCUUAAACCAUUGGCUGAAAGUCUCGAGGACGAGCUGAAUAAGGCUGCCGAUGAGAUCAGAGAGCGUCAUCUGCGGGAUAAGAAAGCGCUGUUGGAAGAAACUGAAGAUCUUUCACAGUAUGAAAUCAAUGUUGAUACAAAGACUCUGGCUAAGGCCAGUGAUAUCAAGAUGAUCUACAGCCGCCCGUUAAGCGCUCCAAAACGACAACAAAACGGUGACGACGGUUCGGCAAGGAAAAAGAAGAAAUUGUUCAAAAAGAGAGGAGCGUAG